AUAAAUAUAUAUAAAUAUAAUAGAAGCUUCUCUAGCUUCCAUAUGAUUGCUCCCUAGCUACAACCUACAAAGGGAGGGAAGAAAGAGGAAGGAAGGAGAAGAUCGAUGAUCAUGAGCUGCAAGGAAGAAAAGAUGAUGAUGAUGAGUAGUAGUAGUACUAGUAAGGAAGGUGAAGUUGCAAUAUUGCCAGGAUUUCGGUUCCAUCCAACUGAUGAAGAGCUUGUUGGGUUUUAUCUUCGCCGGAAGGUUGAGAAGAAACCCAUCGCUAUUGAACUCAUCCAACAGAUCGAUAUCUACAAAUACGAUCCAUGGGAUCUUCCAAAAGGCAAUAAUAGCAGCAGCAGUGUGAAAGAGUUGGAGUGGUACUUCUACUGCAAAAGAGGGAGAAAGUAUAGGAACAGCAUAAGACCCAACAGAGUGACGGGGUCUGGGUUUUGGAAAGCCACUGGCAUCGACAAACCGGUCUACUCGGCGGUAGGAGAAUGCAUUGGCCUCAAGAAAACAUUAGUUUACUACCGCGGGAGUGCAGGAAAAGGUCUCAAAACUGAUUGGAUGAUGCACGAGUUUCGCCUUCCUCCCAAACACGCCGGCGCCACCAAUCUUGCCGAUGCCAAAAAUACUGUCCAAGAAGCUGAAAUUUGGACGCUGUGUCGAAUUUUCAAGCGAAAUGUGUCGCAUAGGAAGUACACGGCAGAAUGGAGAGAAGUAAGUGCUAAGAAACAUCCAAUAAUUUCCUCGGAUGAUCCCAUCAAAUAUGAAAAUGAUGAUGAUCAGGAGAUUAAGGGUAUUGAUGGAAGGACGCAGUUGCAUGCAGGGCAGCCGAGCUGGACGCUACCACAACCUCCAAUAUUAUCUUCAACCAUUAAUCCAAUAACUCCAAGAGCCGAUGCGAAUGAUCAUGAUGAAGACUUGUUUGCAUUAGAGAAUUGGGAUGAUGAGCUUAGAUCUGUUGUAGAGUUUGCUCUUGAUCCCUCUCGUUUAUGUAAAUAAGUAUUCAUGUUAAUUUUACAUUAAUUACAUACACUGAAAUGAUCAUUGGUGUCAA